GCAGGUGUCCGUCUCGGAGCGGAGAGGAGAAGUGAUUGAGAAAAAGCCGAACUGUUGGAGUUUGCGGUGAUUUAGGCUGAGUUUAGACUUCAUGAAGCGCUGCUUGGAUAUUUGCUGACCUGUUUUACCUUCAAAUGACGGAGUCUGCAGGGCUUUGCUGGAGCAUCCCACUGAAACACGAUAUACAUGACAGCAAAUAAGGAAACACAGAAUGGUCAGCGGGGGCGGGACGGCAGCGGCAGCAGGUGGAGAGGUUCCCCUCUCGAUGCCAUCAUGAAUCAGAUCCGCAGGAAGCGCACGGCCUCAGACAGGAAGCCGUUGGGCCGCUUCCUGUCGUGGACCUCGGACAGGCCGGGCAUCCCGGAGGACGGAGAGUCGGAGAUGAAAGAGGACAGAGGACCGAGCUCAGGCUUUGCAGCGUCGGUGGAGAGCCAGCUGGACGUCGGCUGGGGUCGAGUGUGCGUUUUCCUGCAGAGACUCGGGAAGAAAGCCGACAGCCGGAGCCUCAGUCUGGCUCACUGUGAUCUGACAGCUACAGACCUGCUGGAGCUCGCCACGUUGCUGCAGUUCCUCCCCCAGGUUGAAGAGAUGGAUGUCUCCUGGAACGAGCUGAUUGGAGGAUGCCUGGCGGCGCUGACGACUCAUCUGCGACACGUCGCCGGGGUGAGGACGCUGAGGCUCUGCAGCUGCAGGCUGAAUGCCGACGACAUCGCCGCUCUUGGCGAAUCUCUCGACUGCAUCUCUGCUUUGGAAAUCCUCGAUUUGUCCUGGAACAGCGGCGUCGGUGGCGGUGCGCUGCAUGGCCUGCUGGGUAAACUUCACCCAUCGCUGAGGGAGCUCCACUUGGUGGCCUGUCGGCUCAAUGUGGCGGAUGCUACAGCGCUGGGAGGAAUGGUGGCUGCUCUCCCCAGACUCUGCGUGCUGGACGUCUCUUGUAACGAUGAGCUCACGCAGGAAGUGGACAGCGGCGGCUUCAGAGAGUUGGCCGCCUCCCUCUCUCACGCCACUUCCCUCACCUCGCUUCGAUUGCAGGCCUGCGGUCUGACAGCAGACAGCCUUGAUGCGCUCGGUGGGUCCCUCCGUUACCUCCCCUCUAUGCGAGAGUUGGACCUGUCCUGUAACAAACUGCUAGCUGGUGGCCUUAGCCACCUCACCUUUCACCUGUCUCACGUCACACACCUGGAGUGUCUCGACCUGCACCUGUGCUGCCUCACGCGGGGUGACCUGGAGGCCCUGAUCCAGGUGCUGCCCUCUCUCACGGCCCUGAUGGAGCUCAACGUGUCAUCCAACAAGGAGGCGGGAGGCGUGGUCCACCUGCUGGUCUCUGCCCUCCCUCUGAUGCAAAUGAGGCGACUGCCACUCAACAGCUGCUACCUGAGCAACGAGUCCUUCACUGCUCUGGCCCUGGCAGUGCCCUAUCUGCACAGUGUGGAUGUGUCCUGGUGUAAAGCAGUUGGUGGUCGCUUGGCGCUGCUGCUGGACGCUCUGCAGCCGUCAGUCAUCACUGAGCUCCGCCUCAGCAGCUGCGAGCUCACCACUGAUGAUGUGCAACAUCUGGCUGCCGUGUGCAGGCGCGGCUGUCUCUCCUCUCUCCGAGCUCUGGACCUGUCCUACAACAGCUCGGUUGGAGACGCCGGUUGGUGCGCUCUGUUUGCAGCGGGAGGUCUCGGCUCACUGGAGGACGUGGACGUCAGCCUGCGACCUUCGGCCUCCGCUCCCUGCUCGGCCUGGCUGCCCGCCCUGCUCAGGGCUCUGCCUCAAACGCCGGCGCUGGCUCGGCUGGCGAUGCAGAGGUGGACGGCCGGCUCUCAGGAGAGACAGCAGCUGAGCUACUGCCUGAGGAAGAGGAGCGUCCUGCUGGAGUGGGAUCCAGUGUCCAAUCAGGAGAGCCCAGAAGAGUCUCAGCCUGAGGAGUAGGGACUGGAAAUCCUGGACGUAGCUAAUCUGAUGUCAUGUGCAGCUAAUGAAGGACAUCAAUUCAAAAAUCAUUACAGAUUUCAACAGAAAAAUAUUUAGAUUUCAUGUAAAUUUGUCAGAUGUUUCUAGAUGUUUAUAACUUUAUCUUCAUUUAUUCUUGAGCGUUUUUAGAGCCUUUAGUUCUUGUUAUGAUUUAGAGAUUAAUUUGUUCCCUCAGUGUUUCCUGUUUUUAAGUUUUAUCUCUCUCUCCUGUCUCAUCAUCUUUAAUUAUCUUGUUCCCCUUCCGUUUCCAGCCCUGAUUGCCCGUCUGUGCUUAAAUAGUGGUGUUUUCCCCUCAGUGUUGGUUAUCCCUGUCUACCUGCCUGUUUAUGAAGGACACUGGAUUUAAUUUCAUAGACAACGGCCUAAAUAAAAAGUCACCUU